UUUUCUUUGUCUAGUUUUGUUGCUUUUGCAGCUGGAUUAACUCUCAGUCUCAAACAGUGUCCGACUCGUUAACUUACCCCAUGUUCAUUGAGAUCAGUUGAUCAUUCAGGUAAUUAGUUGCUGGUGGUAUUCCUAGAGAGAAUUAUGCAAUUACAAAGAUCAAGUGCUUGUUAAUUAAGGGUGAUGGUUUUGGUUAUGCCUUGCAUAAAUUAAACUUUCAGUAUGCAGAAAGGUGGAGUUGGUGAGAAAAUGCUAAAGUUCCUUUUCAGAGUGGUCCGGUUCUUGAGAAAAUGUAUAUUUUCUGUUCUAUCUGUUGGUCCAGUCCCUGCCCACAUUGCCUUCAUCAUGGAUGGAAAUCGCAGAUAUGCAAGGCAGCAUAACCUGAAAGAGGGGGCUGGCCAUGAUGCCGGGUUUUUGGCUCUCAUGUCGAUCGUUAUUUACGCCUGUGAACUGGGUAUAAAAUAUGUCACAGUCUACGCCUUCAGCAUCGAUAAUUUCAGGCGUAGGCCUGAAGAAGUUGAAUGCAUCAUGAAUUUAAUGCUGGAGAAGAUUGAACUAAUGUGUCGAAAAGACAGCAUAGUGAACCGCCACGGAGUCAGAAUUCAUUUCUCAGGGAACCUGGAACUCUUAAGAGAACCUAUGAGGGAUGCAGCAAAGAAAUUAAUGGCGGUUACUGCCAAUAAUUCUAAUGCUUUGCUUACGCUUUGUGUGGCCUACACUUCCACCAAUGAAAUCAUUCAAGCUAUUCAGAAAUCCUGUGAAGAAAAGUGGGUUGAAAAUCAAGAACCCAGACGUGUAGGCCGUGGUCCAAUUAAUUUGUUGGAAAUUGAGAAGCAAAUGGAUAUGGCUAUCGCACCUGACCCUGACAUUGUAGUCCGGACUUCAGGUGAAAAUCGUCUAAGCAAUUUUCUGCUAUGGCAGAGCGCACGAAGCUAUUUGUUCUCCACCUUGGCGCUUUGGCCUGAUAUUAGUUUCUGGCAUUUGGUUUGGAUAGUCCUGAAUUUCCAGAGAAACCAAUCUCGUGUGGAGAAGAAAAAUAAGCAAGUAUAAAGCUUGUACCACCUUUACAAUUGCUAUAUUUCAUGAUUAUAUUGACACUUAAA